AUGCCUGCUGGUGGCCAAGUUAUUUUCACCAACUCUACUGUUGGUACUUCAGGCUUUGGCGUGAAUGUAUCCUUGUUGAAAGGAAACACAAUUACUCAAACAAUUGUUGGUGCUAUCAUUUCUGCAAUGGUUGUUGCGAGUGUUGUUGUUACUAUUGUCAUGGUUACAGUCUCUGCUGGAGUCUCUGCUCCUGACGCAAAAGACGAUUAUAUUCAAGUCUACAAACGUUACCCAAUCACAAUAUAUCCACUUCUUAACGAUGCUGAUCCAAAAUCAUUGAAUUUAACUCUCGUUAACGUUACUCAACCUACUUCUGGUACAGUUUCUUUGAAGGAUGGUAAGACACUAGUUUAUACUUCAAAAGGCUCUUUUGCUGGAAAUGAAACCUUCCAAUAUUAUGUAACUAAUGGUUAUAUGAUUUCUUCAGCAAAUGUUCAUGUAGAAGUUUUGAAUCGUCCACCUGAAUUGGUUGAUAUUACACUCACUGUUAGUAAGAAUAGCAAAAAGAACAGUAUUGACAUUUUUGCUUAUGUUACUGAUAACGGUGCUUUCAUUACUGAUCCAGAUAAUGACGAAUUGACUGUUGUUGGUAUUACAGCUUCUCAAGUUCCAGAAGCUGUUGUUACUUUUGACACUAAAUAUGUAUACUACACUCCAAAAUAUGGUUUCAAUGCUCAAGAUCAAUUCAACUAUACCGUUUCUGAUGGUAAUGCUAUUGUUAGUGCUCUCAUUACUAUUAAUGUUGAAAAUGAUCCACCUGUUGCUGAUCCAGAUACUUACACUGUUCCAAAGAAUGCCAAGACUAUCCUCAGAGUUAUGGAAAAUGAUUAUGAUAUUAAUGGUGAUAAUAUUACUAUUGUUGCAUCAACAUCUGGUACUGGUAGUGCUGGUACUGUUAUCACUUCCUCAGAUGCUACCUAUCUCAGUUACAUUCCACCUGCAAAGGUUGAAGCUUUGACUGAUGCCUUUGAAUAUACAAUUACUGAUGGUCCAACUACUUCAAGCAGUUAUGUUUUCUUGAAAGUUGUCAAUACUCCACCAAAUAAUGCUGAUAGAAUUCUCAAUGUUCCAAAGAAUUCAAAGGAUAACCAAUUGGAUUUGACAUACACUGAUGCUGAUAUGUUAGAUACUGUUACCGUUUCCUUGUUGACCAAGCCAACUCGUGGUACCUUCCAAUUCUUGGAACAAUCCACAAUUACUCAAGUCAAUUAUCCAACCCAAGAUUUUUACAAUGUUAAAAAGAAUAGUUAUACCAUGGUUUACACUCCUGAAGAUGGUGUAAUUUAUAGUGAAUCUUUCAAGCUUAGAAUUACUGAUGAUAUUGAUACAGUAACAAGUACUGUUACUAUUAAUGUUAUUCCUGUCGCUCCAGUUGCUGUUAAUGAUACUGUUUUGUGCGAUAAGAAUGUUCCAAUCACUGUUGAUGUUGUUGCUAAUGAUUAUAGUGCUUCCAAUGAUUAUCUCUUGCUCGAUUUUGAUGAAUUGUCCACUGAAAAUGGUGGUAAGAUCAAGAAGAUUGAUGAUAAGAAUGUGACUUAUACUCCUCCAGCUGAUUUCACUGGUACCGAUGUUGCUCCAUACAAGGUUAAAAAUUCUAACAAGGAUGGAUCAACUACAGGCAUUUUCACUGUAACUGGUUAUUUGAUUGUUGGUGUUAAAAAUAUCGCUCCUGUUGCUGUUGACGAUAUUGUUAAAGUUUCUAAGGGUUUAGUUGGUAAAUUUGAAUUGAUCAGUAAUGAUUAUGAUCCAAAUAGUGAUGCUAUUCAAUAUGAUCUUGCAACUGGUGUUGUUACUCGUACUCAACUUGCUGAUGGUACUGAUGCUCUUGUUUUCACAUCCAAGUCAUCUGAAAAGUAUUCUGGUGAAACAACUUUCACAUACACUGUUUCUGACUAUGGAAAGGAAACUGUUGCCAAUGUUGUUGUCACUCUUAGAAAUGAUGCUCCUCUUCCAGUUGCUGACUCUUAUACUUUCCACUGGAAGUCAAGUGAUAACCAAUUGAAUGUUUUGGCAAACGAUAAGGAUCCAAACAAUGAUGCUCUCUUUGUUGAUACUGUUAGCAAAGCUGCUGAUUUCAAGGGAUCAGUUUCUAUUGAUGCUCAAAGAAAGGCUAUUGUCUUUUCUCCUGUUGCUGCAUCUGUUGGUACGCAAGAAAUUACCUAUAUUGCUACCGAUGAUGUUACCAAGAGUGCUUCUUCAUCUGUUACACUUAUUGUUACCAAUAAUAAUGUUCCUCAAGAUCAAGUCAUUAAUAAGAAUAUUCACUGGUCUACUCAAAAAACUGGUGGUACCACUAUUGAUAUGUUCUCUACUCCUCAACCGCUCGAUGCUGAUGGAGAUUCUCUCUCAAUUCUUUCAACUUCAACUCCUUCUAAGGGUUCAGUUGCUAUCAAUAACGGUGAUGCUUCUACAAUUCCAAAUCACUUUGACGUAGUUGUUUCUGGUUAUACUCGUGAUGCUGUCGUAAUGUGUGGUGCUAAUGACGCUGACAAUGAAGACACUGUAACUGUCAAGACAGUUUCUGUUAAUGUUGGUGGCUCUGCAACUUUCUCUGGUAAUAUGGUUACUUUUGUUGGUCAACAAGGUUAUACUGGUGCAAGUAUUGUUACUAUUACUUUCACUGAUGGUUUGUUGACUAAAUCAGUUGACUGGACUAUUAACAUUUUGAAUAACGAUCCUGUUGUUACAGUCUUCCCAACCAAUAUUCAUUGGACUCAAAAAUCUACCUUGAUUGAUGUUUUAUCUGCAGUUAAUUGGACUCUUCCAGAUAGCCCAGUUUUGGGUGAUUCCUCUUUCACUGCUAAAUUCACUGAUGGUUGGGUUAGUAAGACAGGUACAUUUGUUGUCUCUGUUAAGAAUACUGCUCCAACAGCAACAGUUAAGAAUAUUGAAGCUCACUGGUCCGUAUGGUCAACUGGUAUUACUAUUGAUGUUUUGUCUGGAUGCACAGAUGCUGAUUCUGAUUCUAUCAGUCUUCAAUCUGUUUCCUCAGCUACCUCUGGUUCAACCUUAAAAUCUAACGGCAAAGCUAUCUAUACUCCAACUAAAGGAUUUGUUGGUACUGGUUGUUCUACAGUUGCAUCUGGAGCUGUUAAAGUUGUCAAUUUUGCUUCUUCAAGCUUUACUGGAACUGCUGUUUGUACUGCUACAUUGACCGAUGGUUUGGAUAGCUCUACAAAGACCUUAACUACAACCUCAUACAACAACCCACCAACUGCUGCUGAUAUUUCAGUUACAUACUAUGGUGCUAAUGUUCAAACAGGUAUUACUAUUGAGGCUGUUAGUUUGGCAACUGAUUCUGAUACUGAUGAUUCUGCAUAUUUGGUUGUCAGUAAUGUUGGUGCAUCAACAAGAUUUGGUUCUGGUGCUGUUACCAUUGAUAGUUCCAAUAAGAAGAUCAAGUACUUCCCAUCUCCUGCUUUGGUUACUCAAACUGGUAUUGAUACUUUUACUUAUCAAAUUUAUGACGGUUUGAUUAAGUCAGCUGUUGCUACUGUAACUGUAGAUAUUAGAAGUGUUGUUCCAUCUGCUGAAGAAAAAUACUUUGAUGUUCACUGGAGAAAGAGUUUGGUAGGACAAGAUUUCUAUGCUUUUGAUAAUAUCACUUCAUACGGUACUCUUGAAUUGAACAAGAUUUUGAACGUUGCUCCAAACAAGGGAGAUGGUCUUGAUAGCUCAGCAACUCAAACUGUAACUAUUAAUCUCCAAAAUUAUGCUCCAACAUCAAGCGAUCAAACAUUUAGUAAUCAUUGGAGAAAUGUCCAAUCUGGUUUCAAUAUUAAUUUGCUAGCUGAUGCCAGGGAUGCUGAUGGUGAUAGUCUCUCUGUGUCAUACUAUUCUCAACCAGCUGUUGGUACUCUCACUGCUGUCAGUAGUGGUGUUGUAAAGUUUGUUCCUCCUGCUAAUCAAGUUCUUUCUACCUCAUUCCAAUUCAAGAUUACAGAUGGCGCUCAAACUGUCACCCAAACUUGUUCUGAUCCAAACAGUGAUCCUCUCACAUUUUCUGGUGUUACUCAAGGUUCAUUGGGAAGUGUUGUUGUUACUGAUUCUUCUUUGGGUAGUUUUACAUAUCAACCAUCUACCUCUAUCACCUACACCAACACACCAAGUGAUGGAUCUGCUUACACUGUCUCUGAUUCCUUCUCUUAUUCUUGUACUGAUGGUCCACUCAGUACUUCAGGACAAGUUUCUGUUACAAUUACCAAUACUCCACCACAAGGUACUUCCAAGACUGCCAAUGUUACUAGAAAUUACUCAAAUCCAACAACAAUCUUGAACAAUCUCUUGGUUGGUGCUAGUGAUGCUGAUGGUGAUUCUGUCACUGUUGCCUCAGUUGCUCUCUUGCCAAAUCAAAAUUCUGGUACAUCUGUAGUUUUGAACACUGACGGAUCAGUCAAGUUUACUUAUGCAAAUUCUUUCAUUGGUACCCAACAAUUCUACGUUUACCUCACAGACGGUCAACUCACAACAUCUUACAUUUAUACAAUCAACAUUGUUGGUUCAGCUCUCAACUGUAUCGACUAUUACAUUUCUGCCACUAAGAAUGAUGCUGCUAAUCAAUUCGAAGAUUCUUUGAGAUUGGCUCUCGUAAAGGUUUCUGGCUCAGAACCAGCCUCUAUCAAUCUUGUCUCUACUGCAAAUCUUAAGGUUGGUACAAUUGCAAAGGUUUCAAGCAAGUGGACUUAUACUGCAGAUAGUACUCGUUCCUGCAUCAAUGAUAACUGUUAUGCUACUUAUUCUUAUUCUAAUACUGCUGGUCAAACAGUUUCUUGUAAGAUUAUCGUAAAUCAACCAAAUACUGCUCCAGUUGCUCCAAGUUAUAACCAUAUUUACUCUGUAAGCAGAGCUACCAACGUUGCACAAACUAUUGACUAUUUGGCUGUUUCUAAUGCUUAUGAUGCUGACACUGCUGACAAGUUAAAGCUUACUUCAAUUACAAACACAGGUACCUGUACUUCUACUCUGGUUUCUUCAAUCUCUGUUGUCUCCAAUAAGAUUAGCUUCCUCAGACAAACAACCUUUGUUGGUUCAUCUUGUUGGUUCAUUGUUGGUGUUAGCGAUAGUGAUGUUGAUGCUCCAGUUACUGUUUCUGCAAAUAUUACUAUUACUCCUCUUGCUUCUCCUCCAAUCGCUGUCAAUGACGUAGUUUCUACCAAGUAUAAUGCCCAAGUUGACAUUUCUGUUAGUACCUUGUUGUCGAACGAUUAUGAUUCUCUUGGUGGUACUUUCAAGUUUGCUAGUAUCUCAUGUCCAACUGGAUAUUGUGCCAGUGGUACUCCAACUAUUUUGAAUCCAAACGAUCCUGCUAAUAGUCAAGUUAUUAGAGUGAAACCAGUUGCCAACAGUUGUGAUUCUAUCCAAUUCGAAUAUACUAUUGUUUCUGAUCAAGAUGGUACUUCAUCAAGUGCUACUGUAACAGUUCAAUACACCAGUUGUACUUGUUCUCUUGAUAUGGACAUUAUCUUUGUCCUCGAUGGUAGUGGUUCUAUUUCUGAUGAAAAUUGGAUCAAGAUGAAGAGCUUUAUGGGUAACGUUACUAGGGGAUUCGGUUCCAACAUCUCACCAACUGGAACAAACAUUGGUAUCAUUCAGUUUGCCUCAAGCAUUACUACUCACCUCCAAGUUAACAGUGGUACUAGUGUUGAUGUUGUCUUGUCCAAGAUUAGCUCUGCUUCCCAAUUAAAGUCAGGAACUGGUUCAAUUGCUGGUAUUAAUGCUGCUAUUGACCAAAUGGUAAGCUAUGGUAGAAAGAGUAUCGUAAACAAGAUGAUUAUUCACGUAACUGACGGUGAAUCCACAGAACCUUGUAGUUGUAGUGGAUGUACUAGCUCCUUCUCUGCCAACCCUCUCAGAUAUGGUUCUGUUCCAAAUUAUUGUAAAUCAAACAGAUUCCCUGGAAUGAACUGCUCAAACUGCCUUUGGAAUGAUUCUCGUAGUAGAUGUAAUCCAUGUUCUGAAGCUACUUUGAGAUCAGCAGAUCUUAAUUCCUGGUCUCCUGGUGUUUCCACAAAUGCUGAAGUUAGCAAGUAUGCUGGUACUGGUAUUUGGAAUUGGAGACAAUUAGCUAUUGGUAUUGGUGUUGGUUUGACAAGUGCUUUGGGUAAAGUUCAAAUUCAAAGAAUGAACUAUGAUACCAACAAUCCACUCUAUGUCGAUUGGAAUAAUCUUGCCAAUGUCUACCAAUUGGUUGUAGAUAACUCAUGUAACACAGUCACAUCUUCCCAAACCAAGACUUUGGUUCCACUUGCAAACAGUGGUAUGACUGUCACUUAUAAGGGAAAGACUACAUCUGUUAUCAAGAAUAUUUUGUCUACCAAUUGGGUCAGAUCUCAAUUCAAUUACACAGUUGCUGUUGCAUCAAGUGCUCCAAGUGGUGUCAAGAAGUUCUCUUUGGCUAUGGCCUCUGGUUAUAAUCAAGAUGCCUUCUAUAAUUACAAUCCAUACUUCCCUGUCUAUCUAGGUGUAGAACCAAUUACCAACAAGGACAGUUUCUCCUUUGAAAGUGCUCCAGGAGUCUACACAAUUGCUAAGGGUUCAAGCUUUACCUACUCAUUGACUGUUGAAGGUGAUGUAACAGAAGAUUCCAUUUCCUUUGGUGUUUUCGGAGAUUCACAAUAUGCUACUGGUACCAUUAAGGGUCCAGCCAGUGUUAUUGCUCCAUACAAUCCACAACCACCAGCCUAUGUUGAAAAUAGUGCAGCUCGUAAGACUGCUUGUAGUGCCACUCUUGGUCGUUGUUAUAUUUACACCAAGUUUGUUUCAGGCUACACCAAGAGUGUAAUGUCUGAUAUUUGCAAGUAUUGGAGAUCGGAUGCCAAACUCGUAAUGAUUCAAAGUGCUGCUGAAAAGACUUUCAUUCAAACAAUAUUACCAGCUGCUGAAUCAAUUACCUUCCCUCUCGGAAUGACAUAUACUUCUGGUGCUGGUACUUGGGAUGAUGGUACUUCAACUGCUGCUUUCACUGAUUAUCUUGCUACUUCAAGCUCUGGUCCUGUUGUUUAUGCUAACUAUGUUUACACUGCUCCAACUAACAAGUGGUGGACUACAGCUGCUGCUACAACUACCACUCUAGGUGUUGUUUGUUGGGCUCCAUUUGCUUAAAGGAUUUCAUGAUGAGGAUCAACUAAUAUAAUGAUGAAAUAAAUCCUUAAUAAUUUU